CAUCCUCCUUCUGUUUCCGGUUCAGCGGGCAGUAAUGGCGGCCACCAUGGAGACAGCAACAAGCAUGAAAAAUAUGCUGCAGUUCAUGAAACUUAUCGGACAGCUCAAAAGAGUCCCACGGACCGGCUGGGUGUACAGGAAUGUAAAGAAGCCAGAGAGUGUGUCAGACCACAUGUACCGCAUGGCCAUGAUGUCUCUGACCAUCACCGACCCCACAGUGGACAAGGACAGAUGUAUAAAGCUGGCUCUGGUUCAUGACAUGGCAGAGUGCAUUGUGGGAGAUAUCGCUCCAUCGGACAACGUCAGUAAAGCAGAGAAACACAGGCGAGAGGAGGAGGCGAUGAGGCAUCUGUCAGGUCUGCUGCCGGAGGGACUCAAACAGGAGAUCUACGGACUCUGGGAGGAGUAUGAAAACCAGAGCAGUCCAGAGGCCAGGUUAGUGAAACAGUUUGACCUCAUGGAGAUGAUCCUGCAGGCUCAUGAGUAUGAGGAGCUGGAGGGAACGCCGGGAAGACUGCAGGAGUUCUUUGACUCCACCAGUGGUCGUUUCCAGCACCCAGACGUACUCCAGCUCCUCAGCUCUUUAAAUGAAGAGAGACAGUGUCACAUGACCAAAACAGCUGAAGCAAAGAACUCUUAGAACUCACAGACAGUCAGUGCUGUAUCUUCACAGCCACAUAAUACUUCACACACUCCCUGACUGUAACACAAAAUGUGUAAGUGCAAGGAUGCGCAAAGAAAUCACAGGAUCAGGGGAAAACUGUUUUUCAGGAGUUUCAUCUCCUCAUUGUUGAGGCGUUAGCGAUAUUUGAGCUGAGAAUGAAGGCACAUAGAUAUCUAUCCCAUACUGGGAAGUAUAUUAUCACUGCAAUGCAAGAAUUGCCUGAUAAUACACAAAUACAAUAACUUGUCAAAAUUCAAUUAAAUGUCCCUAGAAAUGGGUUGAAAAAUGUGAUAAAACCUGUAAAAUUCCUGGUACGUCAUGACAUAGAGGCAGAUUUCACCCCCAUUACAUUUCUGUCAACUAUGCUGACAUUUUCUUAAAGGGACAGUUCACCCCAAAAUCAAAAAUACAUAUUUUCCCUCUUACCUGUAGUGCUGUUUAU